GCCGGUCUGGACUCCGGCAGCAGCGCCUACCUUUGCCCCCAGCCUGAGGUCGCGGUUCCCCGAGGCUGCUCUGCGCCAUGUCCCACCAGACCGGCAUCCAAGCUAAUGAAGAAGUCAAGGAAAUCUUUGCAAGAGCUAGAAAUGGACAAUAUCGUUUUUUAAAACUAGUUAUUGAAACUGAACAGCUUAUUGUGAGAUCUGCUGAACAACCUGGUGCAUCCUGGGAAGAAGACUAUGAUUCCUACGUUCUUCCACUUCUUGAAGACAAGCAGCCAUGUUACAUACUGUACAGAUUAGAUUCGCAAAAUGCCCAAGGAUAUGAAUGGAUUCUUAUUGCAUGGUCACCAGACCAUUCUCCUGUUCGUCAAAAAAUGUUGUAUGCAGCUACUCGGGCAACUCUGAAGAAAGAAUUUGGAGGUGGGCAUAUUAAGGAUGAAGUAUUUGGAACAAACAAGGAAGAUGUUUCACUGAAUGGUUACCAAAGGUACUUGGUAACUCAGUCUUCCCCUGCCCCCCUGACAGCAGCAGAAGAAGAGCUUCGACAGAUCAGGAUUAAUGAGGGACGAACUGAAGUCAGUGUGGAUUCUAAGCAUCAGACUCUACAAGGAGUAGCAUUCCCUAUAGCCAAAGAUGCUGUCCAAGCAUUGGAAAAACUGAAAAACAAACAACUUAAUUAUGUACAAUUGCAAAUUGACAUGCAAAAUGAAACUAUCAUCCUGGCUAGUACAAUCCCAACAGAGUUGAAGGACUUGCCAAAAAGAAUUCCAAAGGAUUCUGCACGGUACCACUUUUUCCUCUACAAACAUUCCCAUGAAGGAGACUAUUUGGAAUCUAUAGUUUUUAUCUACUCUAUGCCUGGCUAUAUGUGUAGUAUACGAGAGCGGAUGCUAUAUUCUAGCUGCAAGAGUCCCCUUCUAGAAAUUGUUGAAAGACAGCUGUGGAUGCAAAUCAUCAGAAAGAUUGAAAUAGAUGAUGGAGAAGAGCUAACUGCUGACUUCCUUUAUGAAGAAGUUCAUCCUAAACAGCAUGCACACAAACAAAGUUUUGCUAAGCCAAAAGGACCUGCAGGAAAAAGGGGGAUUCGAAGAUUGAUUAGAGGUCCAGCUGAAACUGAAACAUCUACUGAUUAAAUGCAGCAAGUGUACUGGGAACAAAAAGCAUUAUAUGAUAGGAAGUGGGGGAAGGGAAAGCACCCCAGCCUUUAAUGAUUAGCUGAAAGCAUUCCACAUUGAUCUUUUCCAGGAGGGAAAAAAGAUUUUCCAUCUUGUUACUUUUCACUGCACUUACUGGCUGCAUCACUAGAGAUCUAAGAUUCACAGCCUGUGGUUGUAAUGCAUUGAUUCAAAACUAAAAUUACAAGCUUGUAGUAUGCUAAUUCUAAUCUUACUUUAUUUUGUAGCUAUAUAAUUAAUUACUACACUCCUCACUCACUCCCCACAUAGCUUGCAAUCACUUUUAAUGAUGACCUAAAAGGACUUAAUUUUUGAAAAAUUAAAUCAACUCUAUUAAUUUAGAAAGUUGCUUUUUGGGAAUAAAAACAGAGGAGGAAUAACCCUUGUAUUUUUUUUACCAUAUCCCCUGACACCAUAGAAGUAUGUACUGUUUUAUACCACAGUCUUUAAUAUUAAUGUGGAAACAAGCACUAUUGUGAUCAGUGAACUAU